AUGGGACGGGAUGGGACGAAAGCCGCUUGCACAUGUGCCGUGGGCCAGUGGGCGAAAUCAAGAGCUCUUGUUGGCCCCGCCGCAUACUCAUUUCAGCGCGGUGGGCUGGGCACACACUUGAGCAAGAGAAAAUGCAGGCGCGUGCCCGCCAGCCUGUGGGUGCAUGUGUGUGAAAGGAAGGUGGGCUGGGAGGAGGAGGAGUGA